AUGUCAAAUGGCCGUCUGCCACCGGACUCGUGCGCCCCGCAGAACCCCAGCUCUCGCCCCUCGGCGAGCUGGGAUCGGAUCAGCGUGCUCCCUAUCUACAGUGGUGCAUCGUCCACCAUUACGAAGCUGCUCAACAGCACCCACGUCCAGCGCGUGGAGGGGGUGGAAGCGAUCCCGAUGCAGGCCCCUCUUGCGCCGGGCACCGACAUCAACCAGCCGCCGCGCAAUUACUUGACGGUGGACCCCGUCCACAACGUUCACCAGCACGCCCCCGGUUUUCUGCGCAAUCAACGUGUGGCGCUGCAGCACAUGUUGGCAAGCGCUGUGAUGGAAUGGAAGGAUAUGCAGCAGAACGCCCUCAUCGUGUCCAGUGCGGAGGCUAUGCGCACCAUCUUCGAGCAGGUCUACGUGCCGGAGCGUCCUUUGGCCCUGCGCGUGCAGCGCAUCGGCCCGACGCUGGUUAUUGACUCGCGCGCGUCGAAGCCGUCAGAGGUGCGCGAGAUGCGCCAGCAGGCCCUCUUAAGCAAGGCCCUGUACCUCAUGAAGGAAACACACGGUCGAGAUGCCGUGGCGACAGACAAGGCGGCGGCGGGUGCAGCGGGACAGCUCGCACUGACUCUGCCAGAGCGGCGCCUUGCCAGCAUGACCGCGUCCGAUUUGCACUUUGGAGCGAACUUGCACCGCUACUCGCAGGUGCUGCGCUGGCGCAUGGAUGCGACCGAGGUGCUUAUCGGCAUCGACGCCCCCAUCGUGAUGGACCAGCGAACGAGCACCGAGCAGCUUGUCCGGGUGAAAGAGAAGGCGCAGGUAGGCGCCGCCGAUGCCGAGAAGCGCGAGACGCUCCGCUACUGGUUCGACGCGAUGAUGGCGAACGUGUCACACAUCGGGACGUACGUGCACCACGACGGCAUCCUGCAGAGCCACCACAUGAGGAAAACAAUGGACAUACUCGACAGCGUCGAGGCGCGCAUGGCGGCGGCGGCACUUAGCUUCACGAGCCGCGUUCUGCAGUGGCUAGUGAAGCAGUGUCGUCGUGACGGCGGCACGUACGCGGUGGUGCGCGACUACGCCUUGGAGUACGUGGAACUGUACGAGUUACCCGACCUUGACGAGUCCGCCGCAUUCGUGGAGGAAACGGACAAGUACUUUGGAUGCCCUACGGCUGCCGCCUUCGCGUCCGCUAACCGGGGCGCAGCAGAGAAGUUGGCGGACGGGGAAGCAUACAUUGAGAGCGAGGUGCCCUCAACGACGUCGUCGGGGUACGGCAUUAGCGGCUCCUCCACCGCACCUCAGCUGAACCGCUUUAACUGGAGCUUUGGAAAGACGUGCUUCAACAUCGGCCAGCACCUGUUCCGCAGCGGCGAUCUCAGCAGAGCCGGCGAUGCGCUGCCACUGCUUCACCGCAGCUUGCGCAUUUUUCUGCCAUCCUGCCGCGAGGACGUUGUUGCACGCGAAACGGUAGCGGAGCUGGUGAAGAUGGUGCCAGUGUUGGUGGCGCGCAAGCUGCAGGUGGACGCUGCGCAGACGGCAGCUGCCGUCGCCUCCAACAACACGGCCAGCAGCCCCAAGAAUGCUGCUGCCAGCUGUGUCGCUGGCCUGUGCUCGUCGCCAGAGAUCUACAGAGACGCACUGCUGCUGUGUGGUCGCUUUGAGAUACCGCUGCGGCACAUGUUGGUUGAGGCGGGGAAGUGGGAAGGCGAUCAGCUGAUAAAGGCCUUCUUCUCCCGGUGCCUAGUGACGUGCAGUGCCGCGGUGUGUGCCGUGGUGGCGCUGUCACUGGAGGCGUACUACUGCGGCUGCCACCACCUGCGUGUGCUGCGCAUGACACGCAGCGGAGCAAAAGCGAAGGAGGGCAAGGCAAGGCUGCGUGGUGCAGAGCAUCGAGAGGAAAUAAUGGCUGCCAUAUCAUCGUGCACCCAAGACCUUCUGCAGGUGGUAGUCGAAGGGCUUGUGCGGCUGGAGGAGGCAAGUGCGCUUGUGGGACCGCCGCACUCGGCAGCCAAAACGGCAGCCACCUCAGCAGAGGCGCGGGCCGGCACAUCUGCUGCAGACGAAAGCGCCUCCGUGAACGGCACGACGCCAGUCAGCAAGGACAGCCGGAGCUCCAAGGAGAAGUCGCCCCCCUCCACAUCCUCCCUGGCGCCAGCCAGGGCAUCGCCAACAGACCUCUGCAAUCAGCCACCAACGCCGUCGACGUCACCAGCGCAUGUAAGCGCACCCUCUGAACUCAAAAAAUGCAGCCACGGCACGAGCAUGGUUGUGGUGCCUGCGUCGUGCUCGACGGUGCUGGACCCACGGACACAGGUGGAUGUCACCUCUCUCCACUCUUCCCUCUACGAGUUGUACGGCGACAUCGCCGUCGCCGCAAUGUCAGACGCAGCGAGCGGCUUCUCGAUACGUGUACUGGCAGAGCUCGGCACACGCAUGGAGGCGGGGCUGCAGCAGUGCGGCCGCAAGCUACCCACAACUCUCAGCUGGCUCACAACGCUCAAGGCGGACGUCGUGAGCCUCUCCUUCACGGCGCUGCGCUUCUAUGGAAGGAUUAGCACGCACACACGCCGCCAUCUCGCCAAGCUUUCUUUGGUGUACUACCUAGUCGGCAGGGAGCACCACCGCACAGCACGCUACACAAAGGCGCUGGAGGCACUGCACCGCGCCAAAUCCCUGCUGCAUGCCUCUCACAAGGCCGCCGAGGACACGGUCUUCGGUGCCGUCUUCGGCUCGCACAGCAUGCUGCAGUGGGCGGACGUGAUGCAGCAGCUGGGGGAUGUGUACCGCAGCGUCGUGGAGCGUAAGCUCGACGGUGCCUUCGGCAUUGCGGCUGCCACCCUCACUCAACCGCUUCUGAUCGGCCCUCUUCACGAUCUGCCUGAGGAUGCCGACAACUUUUUCACGCAGGCUCUGAAUGCCUACACACAAGGUGGCCCCGACAGGGGCUGCCGAUCCGCAAAGGUGUACACCCUUCUCCUUUACGCCUCAGUGCUGAUGGAACGCUUUGCAGUCUCAGGCGUCCCAGCUACGCACGCAGCCUCGCAGCGCAUUGCGCAACUCAUACGGGAGGCCGAGGAGCUGGCGCCAAGCAUGUUCGUGCAGGAGCGUGAGUGGCAGAUGCUCCGCCUCUUCACUAUCACAAGUGCCACCGCGCAAGACACCGCGUUAGCUCGAGCAGUGGAAGAGAUCUUGCUGCGUACGAUCACAAUCACUAGUGCUUCUGCAAGCAACUCAUGCAUUCGCCAGAAUGCGCCUGUCACGGUAGAGGGUGGUAGCAAUGAUGCUGCCGAGGCGUCGGCAGCGAAGGAGUCGCAGUUAGCAGAUGUCAGCGACGCAGAGUGCGGUGGCUGUCGCAGGGAGCGGUUGGUGAUGCUGCCUUCGUGGCCAAUGCUCCUGGAACUGCAGAAGGCGCUGGUGUGCUGCGCGAUGGUGGAGCGGGAGGUGCCCGAUCGGCACACCGACGCGUCGCAGUCGCGACCACGCGAAGCAACGAAGGUUGCAUCCACGGAGGCUAAGUAUCGUAGGAUGCUACGGUGGGUGGGUCGCGCCGCCAGCUUCCUGACGAGCGUGCUGCAGUAUUGUAAAACGCACAGCAGCGACCUGCAAGGGGCUGCCGCACGACAUCAGUGGCAGCCGGUGUUGCGGUCGUGGAGAGAGCAGGAGGCAGGCGUGUUCGUGCAUCGAAUGGCUUCCAUGAUCGCGUUGCGGCUGCUUGGUGCGGCUCAGGCACUCCUUCCUAGUACAAAGCAGCAGGAGGCGCGCGGCGCCGUCAAGCAGAUCGCCCUCUCUCUCGAGCAUGCCGCUGCUUUGAAGGCAGGUGGUUCGGAGGGGCGCGUAGCUGUCCAGCAGCUUCUUCGAGACCUGAGUGCACUGCUGGCGCCUUUCGUAGAGUGGUAG